AUGAGUGGCGACGACUGGACAUUUUUUUGGGUGACACGUGAAUGGAUGAAUAAUACGUUUGAUAAGUUCAAAUUUCGCGAUCAACAACAACUGAUCUGUCAUUUUCGAAAUGACUGCGAGUUGACUCGUAAAGAUAUGCUCAUCAAAAACUUCAAAAAAGCCAAAAGAAUACUCGAGAAAAGCAAUCCAACCGAUGCAGCUAGGAUGCGAUACAUUCCGGCCAGUUACGUUCUCCCGAUGGAAUAUCAUCUGUUUGUUGAAGAGUUUAAAAAGUAUCCAGCAGAUACGACUUGGAUAAUGAAGCCAAUCGCCGGCGCUCAGGGCAAAGGAAUAUUCUUGUUUCGAAAACUGAAAGACAUCACCGAAUGGAAGAAGGGCAACACUGCCAAUGAAGCACAACCUUAUGUGGUACAAUGCUAUAUUAGUAGACCGUAUCUUAUUGCGUCGAAGAAAUUCGAUAUUCGAAUCUAUGUGCUUGUCACAUCAUUCCGACCGCUGCAAGCAUGGUUACAUCGUGAAGGAUUUGCACGCUUCUCACAUUCACGCUACUCGAUGACCUCUGUUGAAGAUGCUUGUAGAGAAGUUAUCUCUCUUGAUGUGCAUCUGACGAAUGUCGCUGUAGCAAAAACUGCACCAGACUAUGAUCCCGAGCGAGGUCUCAAGUGGAAUGUCUUCAAACUCAGACGUUAUCUGACAGCAGUGCAUGGAAUCAACGCUAUCGAAAGGUUGAUGGACGAACUUGGCUGGGUAAUUAUCUCGAGUCUGCGUUCAGUGCAACAUCUUGUCAUCCAGGAUCCGCACUGUUUUGAACUGUAUGGGUAUGAUAUUCUUCUCGAUGAUGAGCUCAAACCUUGGCUUCUUGAGGUGAACGCAAGUCCAUCGCUGACAGCCUCAAGUCAGGAGGAUUUCGAGAUGAAAUAUCGCAUCCUAUCGCAUAUGCUGGACGUGCUGGAUCUAGAGAAGCGAUUAGCGAAUGAUUACAGAUUAACAGGGAGCGAGGUGACAGUUGGUGGAUUUGAUCUGUUGAUCCGUAACAACGAACCACUCGAAAUACCACCUUCCGCAAGUCGGACACACCGUUCCAGCUCGUUCUUCAUUCCAACACUUAACGUACGAUUAGGAUACUACGUUCCGCCCAUACCCGUUCCUUGA